AUGUACCUUUCUAUCCCACUGAAACUGGACACGUGCUUUGGUAGUCUUGUGUACAAACCAUCGGCCGUCAAAGAGGGUCCCAACCCCAUGUAUCUGGAGGCGUAUGGGGCGUAUGAAGCCUGUUGUGAGGCUACGUUCUCGUCCCCGUUUGUGAGUCUGCUGGACCGCGGAGUGAUCUUCGCCAUCGCGCACGUGAGAGGAGGUGGAGAAAUGGGCCGUAUGUGGUAUGAAGACGGUAAGUUCCUCAAGAAACACAAUACCUGGAGAGACUAUCUGGCGUGCCUCAAUCAUCUCAUAGACACCAAGGUCACCGCCAAAGGGGUGGUGGUGGCUGAGGGUUGCAGCGCUGGGGGGCUUCUGAUUGGUGCGAUGUUAAAUGAGGUUGACGAGGGAGUGCUGGCAGGAUGCAUCAGCCGCGUGGGGUUUGUGGACGUACUGACCACCAUGUGCGACCCCACUAUACCACUGACAUGCACUGAAUGGGAGGAGUGGGGCAACUGCUACGAAGACAUUGAGUACUACAAAUAUAUGAAGGGAUACUCCCCAUACGAUAACAUCGUGCAGGGCAAACAAUACCCCCCGAUCCUGUCGACUGCUGGACUCAAUGACAACAGAGUGGGCUAUUGGGAACCUUGUAAGUGGGUGCAGCGUUUGCGUGAUGCAGAUAAGAACAAGGGCAUCAACAUCUUGUACAGAUGUCUGAUGGAAUCCGGUCACUUUGCCAAAUCUGGCCGUUUCCAAAUGCUGGAGGAGAAGGCUCUGCUAUUUGCGUUCGUGCUUGAAUGCUUAAAAAUUGCUUAGCUUCUCAAGGUUUAAGACAAUGCCAAUAAAUUUGUAUUAAAUUCAAAAUACUAUGCCAAUAAACCUGCA